GAAAGGACAAAGUGAUUGACGGGCUUCUCUUCCACUAGUUUUCGUGGGUCACUAGCUCAACAGGCGGGUUUAUCUUACACAGCCAAUGCACUGUGUAAACGGCUUUGAGUGGGCGGAUGCUCGUUAUGGACGAAAGAGCGUCGAGAACGGAAAAUGUGGAGCGAAAGCAAGGUCAAAAUAUAGGUGUGGGCUGCGUACAGAUUAUUGCUAGUGAACGCAGUGUUCAUUUAAUCUCGGGAGUACUUCCAAUUACCGACAGUGGUACAGCAUGCUUUGAUUGUGAAUAAACGUUUGAGUGCAUGAGCUUCGUGAUGCGAUUAGCGGCAAGUUUUAAGAAAACCUCAAAACUGGCGUUGCCUCACCCUUAGCUAGCUAGUUACUACACUUCUCGAAACGUUUCUGCGCUAACUUUAUCAAAUGUGCUGUAGGUUAACAAACUAAAACACACCCAAGUUUUGUGUAAUUUAUAUCCCAACACUGAAAAGUGAAAUGAAAGACUAAUGAAGUUAUAAACAAAACUCGGGCGAAUAAGUACUAAAUGUACUAACAUUUAGAUGAAUCACUUGAACACAGGCGUGGGCAUAGUGGUCACUAGUAUACCGUAUGAAUGCUUCACUGCCUGGUGACUCAGCCACUCUUUCCCGUUACUUCUGUGUUUUGGUUUUUUUUUGUGUGUUUUUUUCAGACUCAUUAUUUGCCUUCUUGAUUUAACUAUUCAUGUAACUUAGACAUGUCAGUGUAACAAGUCGUCGGGGUCAUCCCCAGUACUGUAGAAGUGGAGCUAGUGCCAGUCUUUCCUGAAAGGGCUAGGAACAUCUGCUAAAGCAGUUCACAGUAGCCCUCUGGGACAAAGAAGAGAGGUUUUUCUCUGGGAAUAUCAGCAACUCCUCCUGCAUCUGGGGAUUUGAGGGGCUGACGUCUUUCUCUUGUUUUCUCUGCCGGUAUUGAGAACGCCCAGGAACACGUGCUGUUUUGUUUGAAAGUACGACACUGUUUUUAACGGACUGCGAUGCACCGCUUAAGGACUUGUGCGGCGCGUCUUCGGCCAAUCACGGCCUCACAGACUGCUAAGACCCUAUCACAGCAGAGGCCUGCGGUCACACUCAGGACGUUUCAGCCAAUCAGGCGCUACACUGCGCCAGUGGCAGCCGAGCCGUUUCUGAACGGGACGAGCUCUAACUAUGUGGAGGAGAUGUACUAUGCCUGGUUGGAAAAUCCCAAGAGUGUGCACAAGUCUUGGGACAUUUUUUUCAGGAAUGCUAAUGCUGGGGCACCUCCAGGAACUGCCUACCAAAGCCCUCCGCCUCUGGGCAUGAGCUUGGCCGAGCUGACCCAGGCCCAGUCCCUGGUUAGGGCUCAGCCCAACGUGGAGAAGCUGGUGGAGGACCAUCUGGCAGUGCAGUCGCUCAUCAGGGCCUACCAGAUCCGGGGUCACCAUGUCGCUCAGCUGGACCCCCUUGGGAUCAUGGAUGCCGAUCUGGACUCCUCCGUCCCCACCGACAUUAUUACGUCUUCGGAUAAACUUGACAUUUCACAUUUCAAGGAUCGUCUAAGCGUUCUUACGGUUGGAGGCUUCUACGGCCUGGACGAGUCGGACCUAGAUAAGGUGUUCCGCCUGCCCACCACCACCUUUAUUGGGGGAAUGGAGAGUACCCUGCCCCUACGAGAGAUUAUCCGCCGCCUGGAGAUGGCGUACUGCCAGCACAUCGGUGUAGAAUUCAUGUUCAUCAACGACCUGGAGCAGUGCCAGUGGAUCAGGCAGAAGUUUGAGACUCCUGGAGUCAUGCAGUUCAGUCUGGAGGAGAAGAGGACCCUGCUGGCCCGCAUGGUCCGCUCCACCAGAUUUGAGGAGUUCCUGCAGAGGAAGUGGUCGUCAGAGAAGCGCUUUGGCCUGGAAGGCUGUGAGAGUCUCAUCCCUGCGCUCAAAACCAUCAUUGACCAAUCCAGUGCGAGUGGUGUGGAGAAUGUCAUCAUGGGUAUGCCUCAUAGAGGGCGUCUGAACGUACUGGCAAAUGUGAUCAGGAAGGAGCUGGAGCAAAUCUUCUGCCAGUUUGACUCCAAGCUGGAGGCUGCUGAUGAGGGCUCAGGAGAUGUGAAGUACCACUUGGGCAUGUACCACCGGAGGAUAAACCGCGUGACUGACAGGAACAUCACACUCUCCCUGGUGGCCAACCCCUCGCACCUGGAGGCCGUGAACCCAGUGGUGCAGGGCAAGACCAAGGCAGAGCAGUUCUACUGUGGAGACACGGAGGGCAAUCGUGUGAUGUCCAUUCUGCUCCAUGGCGAUGCUGCCUUUGCUGGGCAGGGUAUUGUCUAUGAGACCUUCCACCUGAGUGACCUGCCAUCCUACACCACCCACGGCACAGUGCAUGUAGUAGUCAACAACCAGAUUGGCUUCACCACAGACCCUCGUAUGGCGCGCUCUUCUCCGUACCCCACUGACGUAGCACGGGUUGUGAACGCCCCCAUCUUCCACGUUAAUGCGGAUGAUCCAGAGGCUGUCAUGUACGUGUGCAAUGUAGCCGCUGACUGGAGAGCUACCUUCCACAAAGAUGUUGUGGUCGACCUGGUGUGUUAUCGGCGUAAUGGCCACAAUGAGAUGGACGAGCCCAUGUUCACACAGCCGCUCAUGUACAAGCAGAUCAAGAAGCAGAAGCCUGUUCUGCAGAAAUAUGCUGAGAAGCUCAUCACAGAGGGAGUCGUCACACGCCAGGAGUACGAGGAGGAGAUUGCUAAGUACGACAAGAUUUGUGAGGAGGCUCACGCUCGCUCCAAGGAUGAGAAGAUCCUCCAUAUCAAGCACUGGCUGGACUCCCCCUGGCCUGGUUUUUUCACUCUGGACGGACAGCCUAAGAGCAUGACCUGCCCCUCCACAGGCCUGAGCGAAGAGGAGCUCAAUCACAUCGGCCAGGUGGCCUCAUCUGUACCUGUUGAGGACUUCACUAUUCACGGAGGUCUGAGUCGUGUCCUGAAGGGGCGUGCAGAGAUGAUCCGGGGCCGGACGGUGGACUGGGCCCUGGGCGAGUACAUGGCCUUCGGCUCACUGCUUAAAGAAGGCAUCCACGUACGCCUCAGUGGUCAGGAUGUGGAGAGAGGCACCUUCAGUCACCGUCACCAUGUGCUCCAUGACCAGAACGUGGACAAGAGGACAUGCAUCCCCAUGAACCACGUUGCCCCUAACCAGGCACCCUACACGGUCUGCAACAGCUCCCUGUCGGAGUACGGUGUGCUGGGUUUUGAGUUGGGAUUUGCCAUGGCCAGCCCCAACGCCCUGGUUCUGUGGGAGGCCCAGUUUGGAGACUUCCACAACACGGCCCAGUGUAUUAUCGAUCAGUUCAUCUGUCCCGGCCAAGCCAAAUGGGUCCGUCAGAAUGGCAUAGUGCUGCUUCUGCCACAUGGAAUGGAGGGCAUGGGUCCUGAGCACUCAUCUGCUCGUCCAGAGCGUUUUCUGCAAAUGUGCAACGAUGAUCCUGAUGUUUUCCCUAAAAUCACAGACGACUUCGAGGUGCGUCAGCUGUACGACUGUAACUGGAUAGUGGUGAACUGCUCCAGUCCCGCCAACUACUUCCAUGUCCUGCGACGGCAGAUCCUGCUGCCUUUCAGGAAGCCUCUCAUCAUUUUCACUCCUAAAUCUCUACUGCGCCACCCGGAAGCCAAGUCCAGCUUUGACCUGAUGCUGCCUGGCACCCAUUUCCAGCGUGUGAUCCUUGAGGAUGGCCCUGCUGCCCAGAAUCCCAGCGAUGUGAAGCGUCUGAUCUUCUGCACGGGGAAGGUCUACUACGAGCUCACACGUGAACGCAAAGCUCGGGAGCUGGAGAACACUGUGGCCGUCGCUCGCAUCGAACAGCUGUCGCCGUUCCCCUUUGACCUGGUCAAAGCUGAGACGGAGAAGUACCCCAAUGCUGACCUGGUGUGGUGUCAGGAGGAACAUAAAAACCAGGGUUACUAUGACUAUGUCAAGCCUCGCAUGCGGACCACCAUCAACCGCGCCAAACCUGUCUGGUAUGCUGGUCGUGAACCUGCUGCUGCUCCUGCCACUGGGAGUAAGAAUUCCCACCUCCAGGAGCUGAAGCGUUUCUUGGACACGGCCUUCAACCUGGAGGCCUUCAAAGAUCAGGUCUAACUUGCAAACAGCAAACAAAACCACAGAAUUCUUCCAUAACCCCCUUUCCCCCUAAACCACCUCAUCAUUGUUCCCAGUCAGGUCUCUCUACCAAACCGAUACCCUUUCCAAAACACUGCUUUCCGUACCUAAUGCAUCAUGCCACACAUCACUUUAUUACAACACAUACAACCACCCAAAAACAAAGGAAAGUUCUCCAAAUGGGCAAAGCGCCUGUGAACCUUUUGUGUGUUCUCAACACACUCACACAUGCACAUGCUCAUUACGUCUUUGGACUUGGAUAUUGUUACACUAAAUCUCCUGCAUUGUUCUUGCAGUCUGACCUAUCUGGUUUGAGUCGUGUGUGCAGAAAACCUAAGGCACAUGCAACUGUACAAAUGACACAUAACAGUUAAUACCAAGACACAGACAGACAACCAAAGCACAGUACAUUACUCUGAAUUUUUAGUUGCUACUAUAGAAAUGUCUCACUUGACUUUUGUGCUGCUCUGUCUCCAUAUGGGCUAAAGCUAAUCAGAUGUAUGUCAUAACAGAUGGUAAAUGGGUAGAAAUGAGUCCCCCAAGGCAUUUGUACUGACUCAACUGUAGGGAGCAGGUGUCCUCCAUGUCCAUCCACAUACAAAACGGUGAGGGGAAACUUUCGACUCUCUUCUUUCUCUCUGUUCAAGGGUUUCUGUGUUUUGCUCAGAGCUGCUUCUUACCAAUGCUUUAGUUUAUUAUUUUUUGUGAUUGUUUUUGCUUUACUGCCACUACUCAUGUGCAAGUAGUCAGCUGACUGGAAUGUUUGUGUACACUUGGAAUAAGGGGAAAUGAGAGUGCACCCACACGGGACAUUGCAUCGCUGGGUGAAGCUGUUCAGCAGACAUGAACUGGUGCGUUUCCUGAACCUUUGCACUGUUUUCCGGCAAAAAAAAAGGAAAUGUCUGAGUCAGAAACUGUUAUUUUACUUGUAUGAUUGUAUUUAUAUAUAUAUAUGCUCGCACAAAAGGACGUUCCAGAAAACUGAGAGCGCCACCUUGUGCGUUUUUUUUAACGUAGCGCCUGCCCCUGCACUGCACCCCACGAAUAAACUCCACCUCAUUUGGCCUCCUUAUUCCAUAUCAUGUGCCAAAAAACACCUCUGCCCUUACUCUUAGAAUCUGUACUGCUAGCAGUAAAGUAGGACUGAAUUUGAUGAUUCCUGUUCGUUUGGGAUUAUUGGACAAAGAAAUGCAAGAAAUCCUUUACUUGUCUCACUGAGAAAAAGUGAAUGGUUUUAUUUAUUUUUAUUUUAACAGACUGAGAUCCUACUCUUGUUUAUCUUCAUUCAAUAAACAUCUUCUCAGAGCUCCUGA